AUGGCCGGUCCCCAACCCAACGGCAACGGCAACAAUGCCGGCGGAAACAACUCAGCUCUAUACAACAAUGCGGCGGCGAUGAACAACAAUGUUAUGCCCUCCGCGGGACACUAUGCGGAUAUGCAGACUUUGAUGCAGAGUAUGGAGCAAUUAUCUGGCUGGCUGCAGCAGAAUCGGGAGGAGUGGUUGGGAUUGCAGGAGGGAUUGAGUAGGGUGGAGAGGAUGACGGGCGUGAGUCUGGUGAAUGGCGGGGCGAGUGCGAAUGGUGUAAGUGGGACGGAUUGGGCCGGAGCGAGGCAUUUGGGUAUGAAUGCGGGCCUGGCUGAUGGAGGUGAUGUUGAGGGCGAUGGGGAGACGAAUGCCGUGGCUUCUGCUAUGGCUACUGCAGGGGAUGAUGUCGAGUCCGACCAACCCCAAACCCUAACGUCCCUUACCCACGCCCUCCACACCUCCCAAUCCCGCAUCGCCACCCUCGAACACCACGUCAACACCCACGAAAAGCUAAACCAAAUGUACGAAUCCACUCUCUCGGAAACCACUUCCCGCCUCCGCUCCUACCUCUUCGACCAGCAGAAUUAUAUCAUCAGUAUACAUAAACACUACACCUCUCUCCUUGAACAAUCAAGAUCCGAGACAGUGGAGGCGCAACUAGUGCACCAGCGAUGGCAGGAGUCGCUUGGACGGUUGAGCGAGGGAGUGAGGGGUGCGUUUGGGGAGAGGGAGGAGGAGAGGCGGCCGUGGGUGGGGAGGCUGAAGGGGGUGAGGGAGGAGAAUCGGGUGUUGAGACGGAAGGUUGGGUGGGAGGAGGUGCCGGAGGAGGAUAGUGAGGCGGAGGAAUUGGAGGAGGUGGCGAGGAGAGGCAGAGGGGCCAGUGGAGUAGGAAAUGGGAACGGCCCUGGGGCUGCGGCGAGAGGAGAGGGGCUGCAGGGCGGAAAUGGUGGUGGAAGUGGGGUUGGUGUCGAGAGCGGGAGGACUGGGACGGGUGGUAUGCCAUCUUGA